AUGGGUCGCAGCUUCUCAAUCUUCAGGGGCCAUAAGAAUUCUGAGGAGCCCAAUAUCAACACCAUCAGUCGAUCCCACAACAUCUUCAGCUCAAGCUCCACAGCAACACCCUGGGACCCCCCAGCCUACGAGGAACACCAAAGCCGACCCACCCCACCACGGAUCUCUGGAGACGAUCCACUGAGCUUCCUCGGGAGCUUCGAUACCAUCUUCCUAGUAGAUGACAGCAGCAGCAUGUACGGACCUCGCUGGAAAGAAGCCGAAGCCGCCAUCGCAGCCAUCGCACCAAUAUGCACCCAGUACGACAGCGAUGGAAUAGACCUCUACUUCCUCAACCACCGAAACGAAAGAAACAGUUAUUUCCAAUCCAGUCACGCAAACAACUCAAGCGGUGCCUAUGAGAACAUCAAAAGCGCACAAGAAGUCCGCGAAAUUUUCAGCAGUGUUACUCCGCGUGGAGGCACUAUGGUCGGGAGACGACUGCACGAUAUUCUAGCACCUUACAUGCAACGUGUACAGGCGAUGCAAACAUCUCGGGACCCCGAUGGAACCUAUUCUGAUGCCGAGAAGAUAGUGAAGCCGGUGAAUAUUAUUACGAUCACCGAUGGGGCAUUCUCGGAUGAUGCGGAAAGUGUUAUUGUGCAGGUGGCGAGGAUUUUGGAUAGUUCGCAGUGUAUGGCGGUACCGUGGCAGGUUGGGAUUCAAUUUUUCCAAAUUGGGAAUGAUAAACAAGCGAUGGCUUAUUUACAGGAGUUGGAUGAUGAUUUGGGUAAGUGUGACGAUGGGAAUUUGAGGGAUAUUGUGGAUACUGUACCUUGGCGAGGGUCUACGGGGACAUUGAACGCAGAAGGGAUUUUGAAGUGUGUUUUGGGCGCUGUGAAUAAGAAGUUGGAUCGGAAGAUGGUGUAG